AUGUUACAGCCAACGGAUGACUCCACCAACAGUACUGCCGUCCAACAGCUGUCACUGGUCGUCAGCGAGCAGGCGGUUGUCGAAGGUGCCACCGAGAUACUGAAGGUUAUCAGGCCGGACUGGUCCCACGACAACGUGCGAUUUAAGCUCUUCACCGAUGGUAUUACCAACAAGUUGGUCGGAUGUUUUAAGCAACCAGAUGACAGCGAUACGAGUGAGCGUACGCCCGAACCAGAGGAUGUGGUGCUAAUCCGGGUGUACGGUAACAAGACGGACCUGCUGAUCGACCGACGCAAGGAGACGGAAAACAUCAAACUGUUACACCGGUACGGUUACGCACCCGCCCUGUACGCCACCUUUGCCAAUGGUCUCGCGUACGAGUACGUGCCGGGCGUUACGCUUACACCCGACACGUGUACGGCGGAUAGCGUAUGGCCGCUGGUUGCCCGCCGGAUGGCACAAAUGCACAAAGUACGGCCGGAUGAUCCAUCGGCAAGCGACGAACCUGCGCUCCCGGCCAAGUUAGACCAAUUUCUACGGCUCGUUCCUAACCGCUUUAGCGAUCCGAUGAAAGACGAACGCGUAUGGAAAGUGUUUCCCAGCGUGGCGGAGUUGCGGGACGAGUUUGACGCGCUGUACGCGAGGUUACUCGAAACUGGCAGCCCGGUCGUCUUCUGCCAUAACGAUCUACUGCUCGGAAACGUGAUCUACGACGAGGCACGAUCGCGCGUCACCUUCAUCGACUACGAGUAUGCCGCACCGAACCAUCAAGCGUUCGACAUUGGCAAUCACUUUACCGAGUUUGCCGGAAUCGAUGAGAUUGACUAUGGACGGUACCCAGCGCCCGACUUUCAACUGCGCUGGUUACGGGUGUACCUGGAGCAGUAUCAGGAUGAAUCGAUCCCAGUAUCGGACAGCGCCGUGCAGCGACUGUUCGUACAGGCAAACCAGUACGCACUGGCAUCACACUUCCUGUGGGCCAUAUGGGCCCUCAUACAGGCGGAACACUCAACCAUUGAUUUUGAUUUCGUGCAAUUCGGUGCUACGCGAUUCCUCGAAUAUCGUCGACGGAAGGAAGAGUUCCUAGCGCUUCGCUACACCAACUAGGAUGAAUGCACUGU